AUGUCAGAGCUGAGGACGCCACAUUUCUGUCACCAAGUGAGAGCAGAUGGAUAUCAGUGCGAUCGUGACGACGAUGAGAAUGAACGCACGAUUCAUCUGGCAGCGUUGCGGCAACUACUCGAGAGCGAAACCGGCGGCACAACUUGUCCAAGUUGUAACAUGCCCUUUGAUAAGGGCAAAAAGAGAAAGCUGAUUGACACAUGCGGACAUGAACGGUGCUACGCUUGCAUGUUUAGAAACGAAGCGUGCCCCAUCUGCGCUCGAAAGAGCCAAGGCAGGAAAGUGAUGGAACGAUACACACCUUCACCGCAGCGGUCAGAACCGGAAUGGCAGUCACCGAUGCGUCUUCCAAAGCCACCGAAGCAAGCCAACCUUGCACAGAGCUGCCCCACACCACCACACACAAGGAGAAGAUUCUUCUUAAGCCCGAAGUCGUUGCGCAGUCCGUUUGGACAACGUGCAAGUCGACAUUCUAACGAAAACGUCGUGCCUUUAUCAGAUGACGAAGGAGGUCAUAUAAAACAAGGUUACGAGUCUCGACGUCAAAAUGAUCUCUACAUGCGCUUGGGCUUACUACUGGGCGAACGGCGAUCCAGAAACAAAUCGCGGGAUAGCUGCACUUCCCUUGCAUCGCUCGAUUCACAUACCCUAGCUUCACACAACACUAGUCCGGUAUCUACGCUGACGGGUUCAUCCGAAGUAGAUGGUGCUACUCCAGGGCUACUAGGUAGAGACUCCCUUGGUUCACUCGCUUCGAUGUCAUUAUCCGCUGCUAGUAAUUGCUCUUCAUCAAGUCCUGGAAGUAGACGGCAUUCAGUUACAACAUUACAAAACGGUAGAGAGGAAUUGACUCGAAUGUCAUCAGGUUUCUUCAAGAACAGAAAAACUGCAGCCAGAAGAUCAGCGAGGGUUAACAGCAAAGCGUCAACGUCGUCUGAUAUUAAAAAAGUACACCCAGCACCACAGCUAACAUUACGACCACUCUUCUUUGAAGUCCCGUCAACUGAUGGCCAGACACCCUUCUCCGGAAGACAGUGGCUCAUGCGAGACAUGGAGAAGGCUUUGGAUUCAGCAGCUUCAGGUGUAAUGAUCUCAGGAAAACCAGGUACAGGAAAAACCGCCUUAAUACUACAAUUAGUCGAAUACUCUUGUUUUGGUCGGAAAAGAAACUUCGAGUAUGAAGAGCUCCGGGAACAAACAGACAUAAGAGAAUUAUUACCUGAAGAAAUCGCAGCAGAAAUGGUGACACAACUUGCAUCGCAAGUCGUGGCUUAUCAUUUUUGUCAGGCUGACAACAAUAGUACCUGUCUAGUUGGUGAAUUCGUGCAUUCUUUAGCAGCACAACUGUGUCAGGCUCCUCGUCUACAGGCGUACAGGGAAUAUUUACUUAGCGAAGCCCAUCUGUUAGCUUGCCUUUCCCUUAAAGAGUGCAUUGCAGACCCAGAUCUAGCUUUCGUAAGAGGAAUCAUCGAACCACUAUCGAUUCUACGCCGCAACGGAAGCAUAGAUUCCACAAACAGCAUUAUAUUAGUCGAUGGUCUAUGCGAAGCUGAAUACCACAGACCGGAUCAUGGCUAUACAAUCGCAUCAUUCCUUUCAAGACACGUUCCCGAAAUGCCUUCGUGGCUCAAAAUCGUUGCAACUAUACGGACUCAAUUCUUGGAGUUGACUAAACAAUUACCAUACACGAGGCUCAGUUUAGAUGAAUCGGACAACGUCAAUAAAGAUCUAUUAGAAUACUUCAACUCUAGAGUUCAACAAGCGCCCAUCAUCGAAACUAAUAUUAAAAGUUCCAUUGGAAAGACUGAGGGCGUUCACAACCCAGUCAUGAAGUUCGCACAAUACGUUCUCCAUUUAAGUCAAGGAUCUUUCUUAUUCUUGAAAUUAAUAUUGGAUUUAUUGGAAAGAAGUCAUAUAGUGGUCAAGUCGACGAACUAUAAAGUGGUGCCAAUAUCGUUGGCACAAAUAUUUCUAUUACAGUUCAACUUACGCUUCCCCACUGUGCAAUCGUUUGAAAAGGUCACGCAUAUUUUAAGCGUUUGCUUGUCAGCUUUAUAUCCUUUAACGUUAGUUGAAAUAUACUAUUCGGUGAAUUCGUUAUUGGUAGAUACAUUUUUGCCCUGGGAGGAGUUUUGUCAUCGCUUCGAAACCCUCACAGACUUUCUCGUGAAGCGCAUAGACAAUACGUACAUGUUUUUCCAUCCGUCGUUCAGGGAAUGGUUAAUCCGUCGAGAUGAUAAUGAGAGCUCCAAAUUCCUAUGCGAUUUAAGGGCGGGUCACUGCGGCAUAGCUUUUAGACUAUCAAGAGUACAAGCUCCUUUGGAUCCAGAGAAGUCAAUGGAGUUAGGACACCAUAUACUGAAAGCUCAUAUGUAUAGAAACCUUGGACCGGCUCAAUUAGGUUUGUGUCCAAGAGAUUUACAAGCUACUUUAGUAGCAUCAAGUGCUGCCAAUGUCGGCGAGGCUAUUGCAAAUUUAAGGAAUAUUUAUACACCAAAUGUAAAAGUAUCAAGACUCAUGCUUCUGGCUGGGGGGUCACCGAAUCAAGUAACGGACUGUCUUGGAAACGCCCCUUUGCUUUGUAUGUAUGCAUACCAGGGGAUAAUAGCAAUGGUUGGUUUAUUAAUAGAAUUUGGUGCUGAUCUGGAAAUGACUAACUCUCAAGGAUGCACAGCGCUCUCGUUGGCGUGUCAGAGGGGGCACACUGACGUCGCGAGAAUGCUUAUUGCUUCAGGCGCUUCCCUUAGUCACACUGACACAGCGGAACAAACGCCUUUAGUUCACGCAGCGAAAAAUGGCCACAGGGACACAGUUAUUUAUCUCCUGGGUUGUCAAACAGGCAAAGACGAUCGGAACACAAUCGAUCUAGAUGAUGACAACAUUGAGCAAUUAGUACCUGGCGCGAGACAUGCUUUAAUAGCAGCUUCGCAGAAUGGACAUCUUGAUAUUGUUGAAUACUUGUUAGAUACAGCCGAACUAAUUCCGGACGGUAUCUGCCCAGUAACAGGAGAGACAGCCCUAACUGCAGCUUGUUCUACUGGAAAUGCUUCCAUCGCUGAUGCCCUACUCAUCCGGGGAGCAACUCCUUAUUCUCUCAAUGCUCGGCAAAUGUCGCCAUUGGCUUUAGCAUCUAAAAACGGAAGAACCGCUCUGGUUCUACGGCUAUUGGACUCCGGUGCAGAUGUUGCUGGAUCAGGCGGGAAGAAUCCCUUGAUUUUGGCUGCUGCGGAAGGACAUGUUGAUGUAUUGGAAAUGUUGUUAGCUCAUGGUGCAGAUCCUGAAGCAGUCGACGCAGACGGCGUUUGCGCAUUAGGCUGGGCUGCGUUGCGUUCUCGUGUCCAUUCUGUUACUGCAUUGUUAGACAAAGGCGCCAAUAUUGAUCAACCAGAUGGCAGUGGAAGAACGCCGUUAGGUCUAGCGUGCGGUGGAUCAGCAGAAUUAGUAGAACUGCUAUUAGAAAGAGGAGCUUCGUUGGAAAAGGUUGACAAUAGUGGCCUCAGACCAUUGGACAGAGCUAUUGGACAAAGAAAUGUUCCCGUGGUCAAUUCUUUUCUGAGAAAAGGAGCAAAACUUGGACCCACCACAUGGGUAAUGGCGUCAGGCAAACCAGAAUUUAUGCUAAUUCUUCUGAACAAGCUCCUAGAAGACGGCAACCUUCUCUACCGAAAGAAUCGUCCCUCUGAAGCAGCCCAUCGCUAUCAAUACGCUCUCAAGAAAAUUAACCCCCUCAUCAGUGAUGAAGGAUUAACAGCACCAGGCGCACAACCUGUACCUCAUGAACACGUCUCAGCCUUCGUGCAGCUAAAGACCAAUUUGCUGUUGAAUUUAUCGAGAUGCAAGCGGAAACUCAAUGAGCCAUCAGAAGCGCUAGAUCUUGCCGCCCGUGCAUCUGUACUUCGCCCUAACGCGUUCGAAUGCGCAUACGCAAUGUCUCGUGCUAUUCUUGCUCUGAAUAAACCAGCUGACGCACUGCCACACGCUCGUCGUGCGUUACUACUAGCUCCGCCCACAGACCUCUCCGCCGCCAGAACUUUGAAGGCUUUACAACAGGAAAUACUGGCAAGAAUGAAUUCGUCUGCGCAUAUGGAGACGAGGUCCAUGAGAAACUACGACAGCAUCAGUUUAAAUAUGCCUUGA